CACGCUAUGUCUUAGCUUGCUGAUAAAACACUGAAACCUGAGGCCUGAUAUGCUUGUGGUCAUUUGGUCGGUUGAGGGAUGCUACACAUUGUUUGGAAGUCAAACACCAUCUUGCUUCCUGAUGCCUACAGCUUUUUCGUUUUCAUUACAACCCACCAAUCAGAGCGCCCGCUUUCGGUGCUCCGACUGCAAGCUUCAACCACCAACAUAAGCCUCAUGGCAUGCUAAACUUAUAUAUCCGUGCUCCACGCUUUUCUCAGCGCUUCGCGCGUCAAGAUCAAUAGCCCCGGGAUCUCAAGCCAUUCAAAAGACGCGGGGAUUGUUGACGCCACACCUUGUAAGUUAUGACCUUUCCUUUCCUUGACGAGAAAGACAGUCGUUCCUUCUAUCGCCAGUCACAGUUCGGUUCAGUUUCGUUGUCGUCGUCGUCUCGCUCAAGGACCGAACAAACCAUUGACUCGGAUAUGACUCACGAGUUUUUCGACAAACCACACAUUCUCAAUGUCCUCGUCGACUACCGCCAACAAACAACCGAGGUAGGUUGCUAUGUUCGAGUUGCUUCUACCGCAGUUUGGAUUCUCGACUACUUCCUCACACUGGACCAGGAGGUUCACUUUUUCACGACGAAGAAAGGGUGGAGCAUGGCGCACGUCCUUUUCGUAUUAGCACGCUAUAUGCCAGCUGUUUCGACUGGCGUCUCCAUCUAUAACGACUUGUCACCUUCGCUAGAUGAAAGCCAGUGCGUAGUUAAUUACAAAGUAUCGGACACCGCUCUUUUUCUAGUCAUGAUGGCGUCUGAAGGGCUGCUCCUCAUGCGUGCUUUGGCCCUCUGGCAUGACUGCCGACCUGUAAAAGUGACACUCUUAGUUCUCUAUACCAUCGUGGUUAUGACAAUGCUAGCAUGUCACAUCGCAUCUGCCUCUCUGAUGAGCGCCAUUUGUACCACAUCCACGUCUAAUCUCAAAGCCACUGCGUUGGUGACACAUCUAGUCCUCGGCAUAUUCUGCUCCGUAUAUUUUUUUGAGCUCGUGAUCGUUAUAUCCACGAUCAUCCACGCCGUUCGCCUGCGUUCCACCGGGAGGCUCGUGAAAGCGCUCACGCAUGGAAGUCUUUUCUAUGUCUCCGUUUUGCUAGUGAUUUCGACCGUGAACAUCACUCUAUUCGUACUUCCUCUGCAGGACGGAGAAACUGCGAUGCUUGAUUUGUUCGAAAUAGUACUACACGGCACCCUUGCCUGCCGUAUAUUCUUUCAACUGCGCAAAGCGUGCGAACGACAAGGUGAUUUUGGGACGACGGCGUUCGGAUCUGGGAUGCACUUUGCCUCCGAUGCUAUGCCCUUGAACACUCUCCGUAGCCUCGAACCGUAGCUUUGACUACCCUAUAGUUGGACGCCCCCCGAUUUUACACACUUUAUGAAAGACACAAUAAUGUAUUCGAGCAUGACGGCCCUGUCAUAUUUUUAGGAGAUUGAAUAUUGGACGAGCGGCAGUGAAGAGGGGGAAUAGCUCGCGCAUACAGGAUAUCGGGUGUCAUGAUCACCAUUGACUACGUACCAUGAUUGUCUAGUACGAAGCAGUAGUUCUAACUUUCACUUCGCAUACGCGCUUCAACGUUGAAAUAUUGACAACUUUUUCGAGCAGCUUAUCUUGUUCCAAAUAUCAUUUCAUCAUCGACGCAGG